AUGUGCGAAGAGAUCUUGUUUGGUCACCUGGUAGCUGAAGACAAUUCCGGCUGCACUUUGGUCAAUGUCACUCCACACUACCCUGAGUCGCUGUCAAUGAGGUAUUUCCUUGACAAAUUCGUGGAGGCAUCAGAUGAAUUCUUCGAAGUGGAUUUCAGCCUCUCCACCUCUGGUGUGCAAACAGCCUUUAUAGACUCAUGGCCAGUAGAUAUCUCUGAUGAGAAUGGAGCCGGAGAAGCGACCUUGUGCACCUUGGGUGCCUCGAGUAGGCUCGAAGAACGUCGCAACAUGAUGAACAAAUAUCAAGAGUCAGAUAUUGUCGAAGACAGCCCGUAUUGGUCCCAUAUUGGUGUCAAGGGUCUUUUGGAGUACUUGGAGGAGGAUAUUAUCCAGCAAAUGCACUACGACAUGCAGAACCAAGACGACUUUAUCGCUUCUCAGCCGAUACUACUUGAAGGCAAUUCGGAACAUCAUACAACAACGAAGCUGAACAUCCAGGCAUGCAAUGGUGAAGUUAUUGGCGAUCGACAUGGAGAUAACAACAAGGAUGACCACCAAGCCCCCCACGAAUUCAAUCACAAGGCAAAAUCUUCUUGA